AUGGCUGGACAGGGUGACAAUCUGUCAACUUCACUGACGCUGGGGCUGAGCCUGUUGGCUGCUACCAUGACAAUCAUUACCGCAGGAAGCGUGGGCCUCGUAGGUUUCAUGUUGGGUCGCCAGCUACCGCAGCAAGAAAAGAUCAAGAGCGGGCUCAGCAGGAAACAGCAGUCACACGAGUCUACGUCAAUGGAGCAGAAGCGCCGCUUGCGUAUUCCCAGUGGCACAGCGAGUGAAGACGUAAAGAUUUCGGAUAGAAAUGCUAUUGUGGACGUGCGUAUAUCCGGUAUCCGGCCGCUUAUUCCACCGGCCAUUUUGCUCGAGGAGAUUCCACUCACUCCAAAGAUUGUACAAACGAUUACACGAAGCCGUCAGGAUUUGGCCAACAUUUUACGUCGUCUGGACGGUCGUCUUGUGGUAGUAGUGGGGCCUUGCUCCAUCCACGACACGGAUGCUGCUAUGGACUAUGCUAAGCGUCUGCUGGAACUAAAGAAGGAGCUGAGUAAGGAUUUGCUCAUCAUUAUGCGCGUAUACUUUGAAAAGCCCCGCACGACUGUUGGCUGGAAGGGUCUGAUCAAUGACCCGGAUCUGGAUGGAUCAUUUAACAUUAACAAGGGGCUGCAUGUGGCGCGUGAGCUGCUGGCUGCUAUUAACGAGCUCGGGCUACCGGCUGGCUGCGAAUUUCUGGACACCAUGUCACCGCAGUUCAUCUCAGACCUGGUCAGCUGGGGUGCCAUUGGUGCCCGCACCACCGAGUGCCAGCUGCACCGUGAGCUCUGCUCGGGUCUUUCCAUGCCCAUCGGCUUCAAGAACGGCACGGGCGGCGAUCUACAAUUGGCUGUAGACGCCGUCGUGGCGGCUAAGCACGCGCAUUGCUUCCUCAGCGUGAGCUCGCAGGGUCUUGCCGCUAUCGUCAACACCUCAGGCAACGACAUGUGCCACUUGAUCCUCCGUGGCGGUAAAUCGGGCCCCAACUUCGAGAAGGAGCACGUUGAUGAUGCCUCUGCUCGCAUGCUCAAAGCAAACCUGGUAGAUAAUGUCAUGGUAGACUGCUCACACGGCAACUCGCAGAAAAAGCACAAGAACCAGGUCACAGUGGCGGCCAAUAUCGCCGACCAACUGCGCGCCGGUGACGACCGCAUCGUCGGCGUGAUGCUCGAGUCUUAUAUUGAGGAAGGGAAUCAGCCUCUGAGUCCGGGCAAGCCUCUCGUGUACGGCAAGAGUGUGACGGACGCCUGCAUGGGGUGGGAGAUGACCGUUGAAGUGCUGCGCAACCUGGCUGCUGCUGUGCGUGAGCGCCGGGCUAAGAAUCACCAGUAA